GUGGUCCCGCGGCGCAGGGGCGCGGACGAGCUGCCGCCGCCGCCGCCGCCCCUGCCGCCGGCCGGCCAGGAGUUGUGCGCGGCCGGGGACUCCCGGGAAGGUCCGAGGCGCCCUCCGGAGGCGGCGGUCUCUGAGGCAGCGGCGGGGAAGGGCGGCCCCGGGGAGCCUGAGGGCGAGCGGCGGGGCGGCGGCGACCAGCCCGAGACGCGCUCGGUGUGCAGCAGCCGCAGCAGCAGCAGCGGCGGCGGUGGCGACCAGCGCGCCGGGCACCAGCACCAGCACCACCAGCCCAUCUGCAAGAUUUGCUUCCAGGGCGCCGAGCAGGGGGAGCUGUUGAACCCCUGCCGAUGUGAUGGGUCAGUUCGGUAUACGCAUCAGCUGUGCCUGCUAAAGUGGAUCAGUGAGAGGGGUUCCUGGACCUGCGAGCUCUGCUGUUACAGAUACCAUGUCAUAGCCAUCAAAAUGAAACAACCUUGCCAGUGGCAAAGCAUUUCUAUAACACUGGUUGAGAAAGUUCAGAUGAUUGCUGUAAUCCUAGGAUCCCUGUUCUUAAUAGCCAGUGUGGCCUGGCUCCUGUGGUCAGCCUUCAGCCCCUAUGCCGUGUGGCAGAGGAAGGACAUCCUUUUUCAAAUCUGCUAUGGAAUGUAUGGUUUUAUGGAUCUAGUGUGCAUAGGUCUCAUUGUUCAUGAGGGAGCUGCAGUGUACAGAGUGUUUAAGCGCUGGCGAGCUGUUAACUUACACUGGGAUGUAUUAAAUUACGACAAAGCCACAGACAUCGAAGAAAGUAGCCGGGGACAGUCUUCCACGAGCAGGACUUUAUGGCUGCCGCUGACGGCUCUGCGGAACAGGAACUUGGUCCACCCAACGCAGUUGACCUCCCCAAGGUUUCAGUGUGGGUACGUGUUAUUACACCUGUUCAAUCGGAUGCGGCCCCAUGAAGAUCUGUCAGAAGAGAACAGCUCAGGGGAGGUUGUGAUGAGAGUGACUUCCGUGUGAGAAAAGUAUCUGAUGGUGCAGUGCGGACCCUGCUGCAUAUGUUGGAAUGUAAUUGCAAUGAACGGCAACACCAUAACACAUCUAAAAACACACAUCUCUGAACUUUUUAAAAUUUAUGCUUUUUAUAUGAACAUUUGAAUUGCAAAUACAUUUUUCUGAAAAAAAUAAAAGAGUCCUCUUGUUCUUUGCUUUCUGAUGUAUCACAUAUUUUCUAAGUUAGUACUUGAAAUCAUUUUACAUAUAAUUUAAAUCUACUUGGUUAAAGAAAUGA